CAGAGGGAGAGAGCGAGCAGGUGAAAGCGCCAGAGGCUGAGCCGCCGCUGCUGUCACCGCUCCAUUCCCAGCCGUGCUCAGAGGGACAGAGGAGAGCCACUGCAAAGUGUAUCCAGGUGCCAGCCGAGAGUGAGCCUUACCAAUCCUCGUGCAGUGCAGUGCACAAUAGCUAAGGGUUCCAGGGAAGCGAGGUAAGGUCUUUGCUUUGGGAAUUAGCGAGAGAGGGAGAGACGCAGCUUCAAGCCAACCACAAUCUAGUGGCCUCUAUUUAAAAGAAGAAGAAGAAUCACGUCACGACGUCGGGAAGAAGGUGCUGCUUUAAGCUGGGGCCAAAAGGCUCCGCGAGGGAGCUGGACAGAGCACUGUUGCAACAAGCCACGAGCCAUCCUCAGCAGUCCGCAGGAAGCCAAGUCGGUGCUCAUCUUAGGGUGGGCGGGGGAGCGCGGUGCGAGCGGCUGAGGAGUUCCCUUUCCCCCAGAAGAGUUUGGGGCUACCGCAGAUGCGCUGGAAGACGGCGAUGAAGAGGCGCUCGCUUGGAGCUGCGGGCCCGCGCGGGGGCUUGACUUUCCCCUCCUGGAUGUGCGGCUGGGCUCUAAUCUGCUGUCAGGCGGCUCAGACUGGAGAUGCUGUCGCUGCUGCUUCCAGAUUGCAGUUGCUACAGUGCCGGGAGGCAGAGUACCACUAUGAAUACACAGAAUGUGACAGCAGUGGAUCCAGAUGGAGGGUAGCAGUUCCAAAUCCAGGAGUGGAGUGCUCUGGUUUACCUGAUCCUGUCAAAGGGAAGGAAUGCACUUUUUCAUGCGCUUCUGGGGAAUAUCUGGAAAUGAAGAAUCAAGUAUGCAGCAAAUGUGCUGAAGGGACUUACUCCUUGGGAAGUGGGAUCAAAUUCGAUGAAUGGGAUGACUUGCCUGCAGGAUUCUCUAAUAUAGCAACCUACAUGGACUCAGCAGUUGGCUCAGCUGAGAGUAAAGCAGAUAGCUGUGGCAAAUCUUCAUGGACUCCUCGUGGGAAUUACAUUGAAUCAAACAGGGAUGACUGCACUGUUUCCUUGAUCUACACUGUACACCUGAAGAAGUCUGGCUCUGUUGUCUUUGAAUACCAGCAUAUUGACAACAACAUCUUCUUUGAGUUUUUUAUUCAAAAUGAUCAGUGCCAAGAAAUGGACUCCACAAGUGAUAAGUGGAUGAAAGUAACAGAUAAUGGUGAAUGGGGCUCCCAUUCCGUAUCAUUGAAAUCAGGUACCAAUAUAUUAUACUGGAGAACAACAGGGAUCCUUAUGGGUGCUCAAGUGGUGAAGCCUGUACUGGUGAAAAACAUCACAAUUGAAGGAGUGGCCUACACCUCUGAAUGCUUCCCCUGCAAACCUGGUACAUUUAGCAACAUGCCAGGUUCUUCUACCUGCCAGGUCUGUCCUAGAAAUACCUACUCAGAAAAAGGUGCUAAGGAAUGUGCUAAAUGUCCAGAAGAAACACAUUACGCAGAUGAAGGGUCAAGUGAAUGUUUAGAGUGUCCACCAUGCUCAGACAACGACUUUUUCCAAAUCCACACACCAUGUGAUAGGGAUGGAAAGACUCAGCUCAUGUACAAAUGGGUAGAGCCUAAGAUCUGUAGAGAAGAUGUUUCUGGAGCAGUAAAGCUGCCCCCUUCUGGUGAGAGGAAGAAGUGCCCACCUUGUAACCCUGGUUUCUACAACAAUGGCUCAUCAUUCUGCACUCCUUGCCCACAAGGCACGUUUUCUGAUGGAACACGAGAUUGCCAGGCUUGCCCUGCUGGUACUGAACCAGCUCUGGGAUUAGAGUAUAAAUGGUGGAAUGUGCUACCUACCAAUAUGAAGACUUCUUGUUUCAAUGUUGGAAACUCAAAAUGUGAUGGGAUGAAUGGUUGGGAAGUAUCUGGUGAUCACAUCCAAAGUGGGGCAGGGGGUACAGAUAAUGAUUAUCUUAUCAUGAAUCUUCACAUACCAGGAUUUAAACCUCCAACUUCAGUAACGGGAGCAACAGGCUCAGAACUUGGACGGAUCACUUUUGUGUUUGAGACCAUCUGUUCAGCAGAUUGUGUGCUGUAUUUCAUGGUAGACAUCAAUACAAAAAAUACACAUGUGGUGGAAUCAUGGAGUGGAACGAAGGAGAAGCUAUCAUACACACACACAAUCUCCAAAAAUGCUUCUUUUAUAUUCACAUGGGCUUUUCAGAGAACAAUUCAGGGCCAAGAUAGCAGGAAACUCAUUAAUGAUGUGGCAAAGAUCUACUCGAUAACUGUAACCAAUGCAGUUGAUGGUGUUGCCUCAUCUUGCCGGGCGUGUGCUAUUGGUUCUGAACAGUCUGGCUCCUCCUGCAUCCCCUGCCCUGCUGGACACUACAUAGAAAAGAAAACCAACCAGUGCAAGGAGUGUCCGCCCAACACGUACCUGUCCAUUCAUCAAAUGUACGGCCAAGAGGCAUGUGUCCCUUGUGGACCUAGCAGCCAAAGCACUAAGGACCGCUCAGCAUGCUUUAGUGACUGCAUGCUCUCCUAUGUCAAGGACAAUCGAAGCCUGACCUAUGAUUUUAGCAGCCUGAGCAGGGUAGGCUCAUUAAUGAAUGGACCAAGCUUUACAGGAAGAGGAACAAAAUUCUUUCAUUUUUUCAACAUCAGCCUGUGUGGAAACCAGGGAGAAAAGAUAGCAAUUUGUGCAGACAAUAUAACAGAUAUCACACUAAAGGACAUGGUAGCUGAAUCAGAAGAUUAUUCCAACAUUGUGAGGGCUUUUGUCUGCCAGUCUACUAUCAUACCACCUGACAGCAAGGGAUUCCGAACUGCUUUGGCACUUCAGUCCAACAGCCUCGCUGACACAUUUCUCGGAGCUACCAUUGAAACAACACUGGGAAACAUUAAUGUUAAGCCAGAAAUGUUUGAACAUUCAGAAAGGAAGAUACCUGAUGUGCAUUUCUACUUCAAGUCUUCACGAGCAACAGCCACCUGUGAAAAUGGACGUGAUUCUGUUGUGACAAUGAGAUGUAGCCCUGCAAAACCUGGCCAAGGAGAAAUCUCAGUUCCCAGUUUAUGCCCUGCAGGCACCUGUGAUGGGUGCACUUUCUACUUCUUGUGGGAAAGUGCAGAGGCCUGCCCCAUGUGUACAGAGCAGGACUAUCAUGAGAUUGAAGGUGCCUGUAAAAAAGGACACCAGGAAACUAUAUAUGUAUGGAAUGAACCAAAGCUAUGCAUAAGAGGGGUUUCCUUGCCUGAAAAAAGGAUCAUCAUCUGUGAAACAGUGGACUUCUGGCUGAAAGUUGGAGCAGGUGUUGGAGCAUUCACAGGUGUCCUGCUGGUUGCCUUAACCUGCUAUUUCUGGAAGAAGAACCAGAAGCUAGAGUAUAAAUAUUCCAAAUUGGUGAUGACUGCAAACUCAAAAGAGUGUGAGCUUCCGGCUGCUGACAGCUGUGCAAUCAUGGAAGGGGAAGAUAAUGAAGAGGAAAUAGUAUAUUCAAAUAAACAGUCAUUACUAGGAAAACUAAAGUCACUGGCAAUAAAGGAGAAAGAAGAUCGCUUUGAAUCUGUUCAGCUGAAAUCCUCAAGAUCUCACAAUAUAUGAACACUUGCAUCUACCUUUGAACCAGCAAACGUGAUUUCUGUUUCAGUGAGACCACAUUUUAAACAUGUCCUGGCACAUAUUUGAAGGGUGGUCUCCAGUGAGAAAUGCUGAGCAGUCGAAGAGGAACAAAGAUAGAAGAGAAGAACAAGAGAGAAAGUUGCCUUAUCAUGAGACUGAAUAACUUGCCAAAAAAAAAGAAAGAAAGAAAGAAAGAAAGAAAGAGGAGAGCAGUUUGGGUCACAAGCUGAGGAUGAAGUUCAACUCAGGGAAAGAGAAAACACAAGGAAAGACAGCCCAUGAGAAUUGGAUGCCUGAGGCAGAAAAUCCAAAUGGCGCCUCCCAUAGUAAUAAAAAUAUAUUAAGAAACUAAGUAAUUGAUCAUUUGCUGCUCUUCAAUGGCACCCCCAAAUCUGCCACCUGUGGGUUGCUUCACCAUGCCCUGAGGGAGAAUGGGAAGGGUCCUACUGGACAAGAGGUUUACAGUAACCUGUGCAUUGUUCAGGCCUGCAAGAAGAUUUAUUUGUACCUCUUCAUUUCCCAUCACUUCUGUCACAGAGAAUAAACUGACUGAUAUUUGGAAGAACUGGAAAGAUGCCUCAGACUUGUCCAGAUACCUGUUGAUAUGUCGAGUUUGCAGCGCAGAGUCUCUCUUGAAAUCAGAAUUCUGCUCAAAAUUUGAAAUGGAGGAACCACGAUAGUUUCUUUUUAAGUUUCGGAAAGGGGAGUACUUGCAAUGUAAACCUGUUAAAGAUCCAAUUUUGAACUUGCAGAAUUGGUUUCUGUAGAUGCAAAGACAUGGUUGAAUUAGUCAUAUCAAAGGACUGAACAUGUAACCUAAAAGGCUAACUCUUUAAUCUAACUCAAAGGAUCAGUUUUGUUCGCUAGCAACAUGAUUAAAUUUGAGCCCAGUUGAUAUAUGUAGCCACCCUUGGAGUAAGGGUGUGAGCAGUUCGGUCCGAACCACGGUCUGUGAACCAGUCCAGUUGAACCGACUGGCUGGUCCAGUCCAUCUGACCAAACCGACUUGAACCAGUUCACUGGUUCGAGCACCUAUAAAUGGGAAUCUGGUGAGGAUUCCCCUUUGCCUCCAGCGGUAAUAAAAGGUGGUGGGGGAGCAGCGAGAGAGAC